AUGGCGGCAGGCCCGCCUACCGUGGAAGACCAGGGCCGAUUGCUGGAGGAAGCUCUGGGAGUCGUACGCCAACAGUCGCUACAGAUGCGUAAAUGCCUGGAAACUCCGGGGAAGUUGAUGGACGCUCUGAAAUGCGGGUCCACGCUGGUAUCGGAAUUGCGAACCCCUAGUCUUGGGCCGAAGCAGUACUAUGAACUGUACAUGGCCGUGUUCGAUGCUCUCCAAUAUCUCUCCGACUACUUACGCGACUCCCACCCUGUCAAUCACCUGGCGGACCUCUACGAACUGGUGCAGUAUGCAGGCAACAUCAUACCGCGAUUAUAUCUGAUGAUCACCGUUGGGACGGUGUAUAUGGCCGUCGAAGAUGCGCCGGUCAAGGAAAUCAUGAAGGACAUGAUGGAGAUGUCUCGCGGUGUACAGCAUCCUAUCCGCGGCCUGUUCCUGCGAUACUACCUGAGUGGACAAGCACGAGAUCAUCUGCCGACCGGAAAAGAAGAUGGUCCACAAGGGAAUCUCCAGGACUCGAUCAACUUCAUUCUGACCAAUUUCGUCGAAAUGAACAAGUUGUGGGUUCGCUGGCAACACCAGGGACAUUCCAGAGAAAGAGAGCAACGGACACAGGAGCGGAAAGAACUGGAACUGCUCGUCGGAAGCAAUCUCGUCAGACUUAGCCAGUUGGUUGAUUUGGAGACCUACAAGUCCACCAUUAUUUCUCCUCUACUAGAGCAGGUCGUCCAGUGUCGCGAUGUGCUGGCCCAGGAAUAUCUACUCGAAGUCAUCACCAAGGUCUUCCCCGACGAAUACCACCUUCACACACUGGAUCAACUGCUUUCUGCCAUUUCUAGGCUGAAUCCUCACGUCGAUAUGAAGAAGAUCGUCAUUGGACUAAUGGAUCGUCUAUCAACCUACGCUCAGCGAGAGGCGGAAGGGGUGUCGGCAGAAGACAAACGGAAGGCAGAAGAGGAGGCGGUGGCUCGAAUGCUUGAAAAGGUCGAUCUAAAUGACUCGACACCGCCUCCUGCUGCCGCAGCUGAACCGGACAGCGCCCAGACCAACGGCACCGAGCCAAAGUCGCCGACGGAGUCCCAGCCCACCGAGUCUGAACCUGUAACCCCUGCCGCACCGGCGACCAACGGUGAGAAGGUGACUGGCGGUAUCGGUGAUGUCAAGCUAUUCGAAAUAUUCUACGAUCAGGUGGUCAAUCUUGUGAAGACGCGGGGUCUGCCCAUCCAAGAUACCAUGGCUCUGCUAACAUCGCUGGCCAACCUUGCUCUAAACAUCUAUCCCGAGAGAUUAGAGUACGUCGACCAGAUCCUGGCAUAUGCCCGUGAAAAAGGCGCAGAAUAUAUGGACUCGGCCGAUCUGCAUUCAGCUGCUACGCAAGCAAAUAUGCUCAACCUUCUUCUCUCGCCAAUCCGGACGUAUUGCUCCCUCUUCACGGCAUUGGCGCUUCCUAACUACCUUCCCUUGUACCAGUCACAAACAUAUGCCACCAGACGCGCAGUCGCUGGCGAAGUCGCUAGGAACAUUCUUCGAAACCGCGUUAAGAUCACAACGGUCCAACAUUUGGACGGAGUCAUGGCACUACUCAAGGUCAUUAUCAAGGAAGGGCUUCAACAACCUGCAGGCUAUCCUGGAUUGAAUCGGUCCAGGGGCGGAGAGUCUGACGAGACGGUCGAAGAGCAAGGGUGGCUUGCACGGAUAGUUCACUUCAUCCAAGGACCGGACAACGAGACGCAGCUCAAACUGCUACAGCAGACACGGAAAGCCUACGAAGCCGGUAACGAACGAAUCAAGUACACCACGCCAGCCAUCAUUACAGCGUCACUUAAAUUGGCACGAAAGUUGAAAUCCCGGGAGCACUUUGAUGAUGACUGGCAGAACCAAUCAUCGACUCUGUAUCGGUUCAUGCACCAGACUCUUUCGCAGCUGUACACCCGAGUAAAUCCCGGGGCAGCCGAGUUAUGCCUUCGGUUGUUUGUCGCCUGUGGACAAGUCGCAGACCAGUGCGGCUUUGAGGAGUUUGCCUAUGAAUACUUUGCACAAGCUUUUACGAUCUACGAAGACAGCGUCAGUGAUUCAAGGGCGCAGUUCCAAGCGGUGUGUAUUAUUGCCGGGGCCUUACAGAUGACGAGAGGCUUUGGGAAAGAAAACUACGACACUUUGAUCACGAAAGCGGCCUUGCAUGGCAGCAAGUUAUUGAAAAAGCCAGAUCAAUGCCGUGCAGUCUAUCUGGCAAGCCACCUAUGGUGGUGUGUGGAGAUCCCCGGUAGGGAUGAAGACCCCAAAAAUCUCUAUCGAGACGGCAAGCGUGUUCUCGAGUGUCUUCAGAGAGCCUUGCGUGUGGCCGACGCGUGCAUGGACACUGCUGUGUCGGUAGAACUGUUUGUGGAGAUUUUGAAUCGAUACGUCUAUUACUUUGAUCAACAGAAUGAAACGGUCACGACAAAAUACCUCAAUGGACUCAUUGAACUGAUCCACUCGAACCUCUCCACCACCAAUGUCGACGGCAACACUCAGGCGCUGGAGAACCCGAAACGUCACUUUUUCAGGACGUUGGAGUAUAUCAAAACGAGGGAGUUUGAGGGCGUCGUCACCGAGCCCAGACAAUGA